AUGUUAAAACAACCGAUAGUACUUGAAUCAAAGAUAAUAAUUCGUAAUGCUGUUGAGACAGAUUGUGAUGAUAUUAUGAGAUUAAUCAAUGAAUUAGCAAUAUUUGAAAAAAGUCCUGAACAAGUUCGAAUUAAUAGUGAAACUCUGAAACGAGAUGGUUUUGGUGAACAUCCAUUAUAUAGUUGUUUAGUUGCAGAAGAUCCAAGAUGUUCACCAUCACGUGUUGUUGGAAUGUGUCUAAUGUUUAAUGUUUAUUCAACAUGGGAAGGAAAAUCUUUACAUCUCGAAGAUCUCUAUGUUGAAAUAGAUUAUCGUCAACGAGGCAUUGGAAAAGCAUUUUUCUCUACAACAUAUCAAAUCGCUAUUGAUACAAACUGUGCUCGACUAAAUUUCAAUGUACUUGAUUGGAAUACAGUUGCAUUAGAUUUUUAUAAAUCUAAAGGUGCUAUUGAUUUUACCGAAAAAGAAGGAUGGCAUGCGUUACGAGUAACACGUGAUGAAAUGAUAACUCAAUUGAAUAAAAAUAAAUAA